CUUUGAAGCUCGAACUGCAUUCUUGCCGUUCAACUUGAAGCUCCCUUGUCUUUCAUUACCCGCCACGCGCGCAUUCUGGUCGUUGCUAGAACCCGCAAAUGGUCGAGUCGGCCAUGGUUGAUUUCUAUGCCGUGCUGGGGAAUGAACAUUACCUCAUUUCAGUAUCUGCAAAGAGUAAAAUCAUACAUAUCUUCGAAUAUCUCAAGUCACACUAUGACGAAACCCAUCCAGUCCUGAAGAGGAUCUCGUAUAAGCGAUGCAAGUUCUACAAACUCAAGAACCCUGUAUUAGUUCCCGACGAGGAUUCCGUGGACAAGGCCGACAUGAUCAAACAAUGUCUGGAUGAGCAAAAUUGGACAGAAGUGUUACCGGAUAGACGUUUGAAAGUACUGGGAUCAGAACUAAACGACGAUCAUAUUUUUUUGGUGGUCAAGCCUCCACGACCUGAAGAGGAGAUAGAUAAAGCCAUUGAAGAUGUGCUUGAGAAAGACGAAGAGCUUUUUCGUCACUUGCAAGUCACUGUAACAAAGCUGCAAUCAUGGACCAAGCAAGACAUUGAACAUAACUUGGACGGUGGCACCUGGCUGACUCAUAGCCAAGAACGACCAGAUUCAAUCACUGAGAUAGAGGCUCGACUAGGUCGAGUGCGCAUAUACGCUGCAUUACAAAACGACCCGUUAUACGAUGGGGACUCUCCGAGACUGUCAUCAGGCUCAACCCCGUCAACUACCCCAAUCGCACACAAUAGAUCCAUCCCCCUCCCGGAUGCGAUGAGGGACUUAGAAAAUGCCUCCAGUUACCGGGCACUCUUUGACGACGUAUUUAGAGCCACUCUAUUCACGCCCACCGAGGAGAGCCCUGGCGAUGUGAAGGAUACCCGGGAAUUCGCAGCUUUCUUCAGCAUCCUCCGUUCUUAUCACCAAGACUGCCGUCUUCUGGUGAACGACUCCUCCUCCUCCCAGAAGGCUAGCAAUUUUACUGUACAUUUCAUAUCGCCGCCUUUCUUUUCCCAUCGUAGUGAACAUUUUAAAUACAAAGAGCAGAUGCCUUGGGAAUUUCCCAUCUUCCUGAAUACUCGGGAUAAUCCCAACGUCUGGUGCAAAUUCUGCCCAACCAGCGAUUGCAUGGUUUCGUCUACUUCGUUUCUUUGUCCCUUCAUGAUCUGUGAAGUGGUUUCACAGAAAAACGAGUCCGAUCGACUCCGCAUGCUAAUUCAAGGCAUCGCUCUUGCACGCGUAGGACAAUGUUUCAUGCCAGACGGAGAGAAAUUCUUCCUUGUGGCAAUUUAUCUCCGUGCAAAUUUGACUGCCGAAAGAUAUAUCAUUACCCAGCCUGGUGCAGAUAGAAGGGUAUUCAUUGCCCAGAAAGAUUUUGACCUUACAAAGGCCAAUGAGGCAGUCGCAUUCCUUCGUGAGAUGUACAACCUCGCGCAGGAGCUCGACGAUUUAGCGGGCAAACUUGAUCCAAAGAACAAGAAACGCCUUGGGAACAUCAAAGUUGCCGCGUCUAAGGUGAUUUCUCUUACGUCACAGGCUCAGCACAACAAAACACCAAGAACGACAUUGGCCUCCAUCCCUGAAGAAAAUCGUGAAGCCAGUGGCGCUCAGGAUGAUCUCGGCGUCUUUGAUGCUGAUGACAUUCAAGGUAUUUUGAAAAAGAUGGAUUACCAGAUCUCGUUCAUUGUGUUUGGGCAUCCGUUCCUCGCCUUGGUGUCAUAUAUCGAGGAUGAUUCUCAACAAGGAUAUCUCAAAUUUGUGAAAGAGGGGCAAAAAGAGAUCGAGAUUUUGCGAUACCUCACGGGGAUUGAAUCUCCCUUAAACUACACCAUCUCGCCAGUUCAAAUCUGGCCGGUGCAAGGGGGUAACGUCGUAUCAAUGCCUACGGCUGGCAGCCACCUUACCAGUCUAUCCAACCCCGGCGCGCACCUAUGGCCUGUGGCCAAGCAGCUAUUCGAAGCUGUUGACUUCAUGCAUCAGCAUGGCGUGGCGCAUCUGGAUCUGAAGCCUCCAAAUAUCCUCGUUCCCACCGACGGCGGCCGCCUGUCUAUCAUCGACUUCAACAGAUCCGUUCGCAUCAAAGGCACUGAAACAAUGUUCCGCGGGAUUGUUGGCACCAGCGGAUAUCUUGCGCCCGAAGUCGCGGCUGGUCAAGGCCUCUACAGCGCGAUCCGCGCGGACUUGUGGUCCUGUGGAAAGACAUUGGAGGAGCUGUGUUCCCUGUGUAGUCCAUCCAGGGAUCGCAACGCGCUACUUGAAAUAGCUCAAGAGCUCAUGAAUGACGACCCAAAACAGCGACCGAUGAUGUCAGAUGUCUUGAAGAGGCUGGCGUAUUACAAGGUCGAUGCCAAUACAGGACCAGGUUACUUCAGGUAACGUGCUCCAUCCUUGGCGUGUAUGCCGCACUGUAUGCGAGCAUUCGUUUAAUUGUUCCGGGCAGUUUCUCCUCUGUCGCACCACCGG